CAUAAUAAACGUCUGGAUUCAGGACUACUGUUUACAAUAUUUUUUGCUAAAAGGCUGGUGAAUGAUGUCUGAAGUUUACACUUACUGUGACGUUUGCCGUAUAAAUCACACAUCUGCAAACAAACAUUCAUUUUCCUCAAAGCAUAAAGCACGGUUAAAAACAAUAUUGUUAAAGUUUGGCUCAAAGGUCGCUGAUGCCAAGAAAAAGCUGUUGAAUCCGGUAAUUACUAAGGCCAGUUCAGAGACAUCUGAGGUCAAAGUAUGGUGCUACAUGUGUUCGCUUGAGGUUAGAAGACAUGAGGCAGACGAUCAUGCUAUCAUCAUGGAUGCUGGUCUUUUGGAGCAUUUAGCAACAUCUGAACAUUCUAAAAAAGUUCACCAGUUCUUUUGGGAUAAUAGAUUAAGCAAAGAUCAAAAACAGAAAUACCUUGUGAGUGAUGAAGAGCUUGAUUCAUUCAAAGAAGCUUUAAAGGACGCCCUCAGUUGUUAUGAAGACAAGGAAGAGAUGCAAUUAAAAAAGGAAGCUGCAAAGAUACAACAAGUUGAGAGUUCUCAGGCGGCCUUACUCAACCAGACCCUCUCCUCAUCAAGUGAGCAGCAGAGUGGAUCUAGCCAAUCAGAACAGCAAUCAAGAAGUCGGGAGAGACAACCAGGAGGAAGUGUAGGCCUGUCAGCGAAUUUUAAGGUACAAACAGAGGGGGUGAUUGCAAGUGAUGGAUUAACAUUCAUUGGACCAAGUAAAUGUUUAUCAGAUGGCAACAUUCAUACCGGUGCUGUUCCUCCAUGGUUACGAGCAGACGAUAACAAUGAUUCAGAGCAGAAGCCAAUUGGUCCAACAGAGAAAGACUUUCAGGAACAUUUAAAAAAAGAACGUAAACGGAAGUUGAAUCCCGGCAGAGUUGGAGCAAAUUUUGACCGUGCAUCCUCAAGCAAUGCUGACUGGCUCCCUUCAUUUGGGAGAGUCUGGAACUCUGGUAGACGGCUGCAGUCCAGGCAGCAAUAUCAACGCGAGACCGGUAACUGGAAGAGGCGUAAAGCGGACAACAGCAGUGUUCCAUGAGAUUCUCCUCUAGCAAUUGCUUACUAAAAAUCAUGUGUUAUUGUAUAGCACUAUAUUGGUGUUUAUUACUGCAAUGUACAACCUCCUUUACUCUCUGGGAUUAUACGUAGACCAAUACAUUUUUUACAAGCAAAACUCCGGACAUGUGAUGAUUGCUAGCACCUAGACUUUUUCCUUUGGCGUAAAUAGAAAUGCAUCUGGUAUCACUCUAGAAUUAACUAGUGUUUAUUCUCACCUUAGCAUUAUGAAAAUGGUAUUAGAUGCCCAUACUUCCAGGUGAAGAGAGAAAACCUUGCAAAAGCCACUCUUUAGAGUACAGUAGUUGUACAAUAUACAUUUUAUAUCCACACUGUAAAGUGUCAGAAUUUACACCAAAUGUAUUGUUUACCAUAUGUUCUUGAAUAAGCAGUGAAUAAAAGUUUCAAAUCAUAGUAAAUUUUGAGUUUAUUCAAAACACUUUUCAAAACCUUCCACAAUCAAUAACAAUUAUUACCAUGUUUGUGGGACAAGACCAUACAUAUACAAAAUGUUCACUUGCAUAAAAAAAAAGUUACUGUUCAAAUGGAAUAAUAUAAUGUAUAGGGAUG